GGCUGGCAAGAGCUGCCGAGGGCUGCAGGCUGCAGGAAGAAACACGCUCUGGAAUUCGGUCUCUGCCCCGGCAGGCAGCUCCCUUCUGCUCCUGCCUCCCGCCCCAUGGGGCCAGCCAGCGAGCUGACAAACUUGUUGUAUGGAAAAAAGGGAGAGGGAAAAAUGCAAGCACCGGCACUUCGCAGCGUCCAGGAAAUCGGUUCCUAAAGUACACUCUCCCAGUAAAUUCGGAUGGACGAGGCUUUACCGGCACAAUCUGCAGCCAAGAAUAAGGCAGAAAGUCCCACAAUGGCUUCAUUGAAUCGAAGUGGGAAAUAGAACUAAGCAAGCCUUGGGGUGAUCUCAUCUGCCACAAAUGAUGCGUUUUCUAACUUUUGCAGACUGGCUAUGUGAUUACAAAUAGAACUGGGCACAGAAGAGAGACUUCCUGGUGAUUUCUACUGGAGAUGUACUCCCCUUCCACAGAGCUCACCUUCCUUCCCUGAAGCUUCCCAGCGUAACAAACUUGCCAAAGCACACCGUUCAAAUACAUCUGACCUGCAAGUUCUUCUGGAAUUUCAAAAAAGUUGCAAUAAAAAUACCAGAGAAGACAUCAAAUCACAGGAAUUUUUAACAUACCAUUAUAAUGGUAAGCUCUAAUUGUUCCACUGAGGACUCCUUUAAAUACACCCUGUAUGGGUGUAUCUUUAGCAUGGUGUUUGUUCUUGGCCUCAUAGCGAACUGUGUAGCAAUCUACAUUUUCACUUGUACUUUAAAAGUGCGAAACGAGACAACAACUUACAUGCUUAAUUUAGCCAUAUCAGAUCUGCUUUUCGUGUUUACAUUACCGUUCAGGAUUUAUUACUUUGUAACCAGAAACUGGCCGUUUGGAGACAUUCUCUGCAAGAUUUCUGUCACCCUCUUUUACACGAAUAUGUACGGGAGCAUUUUGUUUCUGACUUGCAUCAGCGUGGAUCGCUUCUUAGCCAUAGUGCACCCCUUCCGAUCCAAGACUCUGCGGACCAAACGGAACGCAAAGAUUGUCUGUGCUGCAGUAUGGAUAACCGUGCUAGCAGGCAGCACACCAGCAAGCUUCUUCCAGUCCACAAACCGCCGCAACAACACGGAGCAAAGGACGUGCUUUGAAAACUUUUCAGAGGACACGUGGAAAACCUACCUGUCCCGGAUUGUUAUCUUCAUUGAAACUGUUGGGUUUUUCAUCCCGCUCAUCCUGAACGUGACCUGCUCCACCAUGGUCCUACGGACCUUGAAUAAGCCACUUACGUUAAGCCGGAAUAAAGUAAGCAAGAAAAAGGUACUCAAAAUGAUUUUUGUCCAUUUGGUGAUAUUCUGCUUCUGCUUUGUGCCUUAUAACAUUACCUUAAUACUUUACUCCCUUAUGAGAACACAGACCUGGGUCAAUUGCUCAGUGGUGACUGCAGUCAGGACUAUGUACCCCAUAACUCUGUGCAUCGCUGUUUCAAACUGCUGUUUUGACCCCAUUGUCUAUUACUUCACAUCAGAUAAUUCAAAACUCCAUAAAAAAGAACCGGUCCACCAGACCACGGGAUGUCAGAUUCUCUGAAAGGCCAGUUUCAGAAAGCUUCAUUCAACACAGCCUUCAGACCAUAAAAAUGAAAAUAUUUGACAGUGACUCUACAAUAUAAACUAUAUUAAAAGACAAUUGGGACUAAACUGGAAUUAGAAGCCUGUACUUUUCUUCAGCUGUGGACAUAUAAUCAUAUAUGUAAAGGCUGUGCUUCCUUCACAUCUGAAAAGUUUAUUACAAGGCUGUAAAAGUGUUAAGCAUAAUAGCACACAGAAAAAGUAUUUUCAAAAUCUAUGUCAAAGGUUUGUUCUGACAGAUUGUAUGUUAGAAAUGAACUUUUGAGUUUAGAGGUUAACCAAAGUCCAAGGACUGUUUCUCAAGUCAAACACAAUGAAAAAGUAGGUUGCUUUCCUUCCUGAAGUUGAAACAGUUGCUCAAUUUAAUAAUGAUAUCAGUUUCCAAGUUACUGAGGAUGGGGGUGAAGUUACCUGCUCCACACUGCAGGAAAAUUGCCCCAUGUUGUCAUAUAACUUCAACUACUGUGUCUUCCCCAGUUUCCUCUUGCUCCUCUCCCCUACUUUUCCCUUCUUAGGGACCAUUAUGUUCACAGGAGGCUUCAAUCAGUGGGUUACAAGAACUUUGUUUCUCCCAGGUUAAUCUGAUAAAAAUACAUGCUCUCUCCACAAGCCUAACCCCCAUAAAGCAAUUAUGUCUCCUGAUAGUUUAGAGCAUUUGGAAAUGUCUCAGACAAACUGGUUUUUCUUCUCACCUCUCUCUCAGAAGCCUGCGUGAUUAAAGCAAAGCAACUUGGGAUGACUGAAGUUAAUGCUGUAGGUACAGUACCACUUUAUUAAACUCCUUUGUGAGGAGGAGUUAAACUCAGCAUGACUUGAGGAAAAGAACAUCCUCUGAGUAAGUCAAUUUGAUCUCAAAGUACAGUUUCUUAGUAAAACAAGACCUUUUCUAACUAGAAAUAUACGUGUGCAUCAAGGUGAUUAUUUCUUCCAGGAGACUAUUUGAUGUCCCAUAAAGAAAUUCAAGAUGCUGUAAUUUUGGAGUUCAACUUCCUCUCAAUUUUUGCAUUCUAGAAAUCAUUUUAACAUGAGCAUUUAAAACUUCAAAUGCUAUUUCCUUUCAACCUUUAAGUAUAAAAACAAAGUACUCGGGGCUACAUGCUGGCAAAAUUAAUCAAGACACUUGGAAAAGUCAGCAACAUGUAAAAGGAGAAAUCUACAUAUAUUACUGUCACAAACAGGAAUACAUAGACAAAAUUGCCUUAAAACAUCCUGCUAUAUAUGUUUCCCAGCUACCAGAACACUGUGUACAUUUUCCUCAGAAUUAAUUUAACAUCACUGUAAAAUAAAAUAAAAUUUAAAAGGUAAAAUAAGUGUUGUUUUUUCCUCCCCAAAAACAAUGAGUCAAGAAUAAGAACUGAUUCUAAACAAAUUUGCACUUAAGAUUUAGGGCAGUC